AUGUUCCGCGCUCGGCCAAAGUCAUUCCGUCCGACUGAAGUCUCGGCCAAAGUCAAACCACCGGCCGAUCACGCACGACCCGGGAAACAUGUCCCGCGGUCGGCCAAGCUUCAACGUCACGCCACGCCGCGCACGACCAGCCGCGCGAGCCGGGAAACAAGCCUCGCGGCCGCGCAACCGUUCGCGUACCACGGCCGAUGCAUCCGUCCGAGCCGGGAAAGAACGUCCCACGUCCGGCCGAGAAACCAUCGGCCAAAUCUCAUCCGCCGACCACGCCGGCCGACCAUGAAACAUCCGGCCACGACCGUUCCGACUCGGCCCAAGACCCGACUGUCCGGCCGAUCGUCCCGACCGACCGUCCGAACGCCGCGGUCGACCCGAAGCCGUUUUUGA